AUGCCUCAAACGCGUGCCGCGGCUCGUCAACAACAAGCCCCUAUUUCAAGCCCCGCCCCUAUCGAGGGCCCUGCACAGGAGCGCUCCUCCUCUGCCCCCGCCCCCUCCCCUUUUCGCAUCAAGAUUCCUGCCCGUCGUGCCCGCACCCCGCCGCCCGCUUCUUCUCCACUCCCGGCUGUUCCGCCGCGGCCCCGGAAGCGCGUGCGUCGCGAGCCCGUCGCUGAACCACCUCUCCCCGAGGCCUUGUCCCCGUUCGCGGCCUUCAAUAGUGAUGAGGACAUCCCCUGGAUGACGCAGGCUUCCGCAAAUGCCAGCUCUCCCACGCGCCCUACCCUUUCCCACCGUUCUCGCGAAUCCUCUCCCAUACAGGCCAACAACGCUCUGUCCACCCCCUCUACCAUGCUCUACUGGCAACGUGCUGACGAACUCAACCAGCUGUUCCUCUCACGUUCUGAAAUACCCACGGCUAGUGCGACUGCCCAUACUUCCAACGUUGCACUGCCCAUCUCAGCCACUCGCACUUUCGUGUCGCCUUCACCUUUACUCGUGUUUCUACGCAUCUCUUUAGUUGAUCCUUCCAUUGCGUACAUUGACGAUCCAAUGAGUUAUGCCACCCUUGACGUGGCCGAGUUCGUCGCUAUUUUGUAA